AUGACGUCGAUGGAACGGAAUAGACAGGUAUAAUGAAGAAAUCCAUCUUGCUUUAAGGUCAUGUUACACGGUGCAAUUUUUCUUGCAACUUGCAAUGCAAUUCUGCUCUUGAGAGAUGUUAAUUAGUGAAAUCUGUGAAGAAUUUUCAACAAUCAUGUUGAGAAAACAUCGGCGGAGUGUAAUGAAGACUCGUAUUUGGCAAUUUUACAUCUCUCAAGAGUAGAACUGCAUUGCAAGUUUCAAGAAAAAUUGCACCGUGUCACAUGGCCUUCAGUGUUCACAUUCUGCUGUAGUUUUGGCCCAUUUACAUGACAUGGCAAUUAUAUUGUGUUUGUUUUCAGAACUGUAUUUAUGAACUUAUUAACAGUGAACAGACGUAUGUAGAUGACAUGAGUUUAACUUUAGAGGUAAGUCAGCGCUCUCUAUACCUGUGGAGCACGCAUGGCCGUUGAGAGGUUGCGCAGGGCCAGGGGCAAAGUUUUCCCAGGGGGCACCUAUGACGUCAUUGUAAAACGAGAGAAGCGGUGUUCUACAAUAUAUUACACUUUAUUGCGUUUAUCCUGCAUUAACGCAGCCAGGGUUUAUCUUUUCAGUUAAAUUAAGCAAUCUUGUAUCAAGAAAUUUUAAGGGCCAUCGAUGCUUUCAGGCCCCUUUUCAGCUAGGGGCCUAGGGCAAAGCACCCCCCACUAGGCUUUUAGCCAGGGUCCUGAAAGAGGGCGUCCAAUUUUGGUACAACGAUACAUCUACAGUAUUAGGGGGAGGGAUUCGAGAAAACGUUCCUCUGGAAAACCUUUGAAGUUUACGUUACUUCAUGUCAGUAUCUGUUCCAAGCUCGUUCGAAAUUUUUCAAAACACUUGGCUUUGUGAGUUUGUGCCGCUAUGCUUCUUUACUUAACUAUGACAUUUUCAUUCAGCCAGGUAACACCAUCAAAUUGAUCGAAAUGUCAACUGUAUAAUAAUAAUGAGAAUUUAAGCUAUUUCCUUUCAGAUAUAUUAGUAUACUUAGGGAAAUCAUUGAAAAUAAUUUCCCCCGUAAUUUGGGCGUCCAAAGGCGUCCAUUUCUCGUUCCAGGAGCGUCCCAGGACGCCUGGACGCCCUUCUGGCUAAAAGCCUGCCACCCCCCACCCUUUCGGGCCUGGGAGCCCGUAACAAUCUUCUUUUUUUUUGUAAUCCUAACAGAAAGUGGAGAUUAUUUUAGGAAUCUGCAAUGGCCAGAUGUGAAUAUCCUGCGCUUUAUUACUUUUGUUACUUCUCUGUAGGUAUUUUACAAUCAAAUCGCCACAUCCAAUCUUCUUAGUGAAAGUGAACUGAACACAAUAUUCGUCAACUGGAGAGAGUUAAUAUUUUGUAGCACGAAGUUACUGAAGUAAGUAGUAGUUGCAUGUCCUUAGACAGUUACAAGCUUGGUUAUCUCUGAAAAUCAUGUUGAUGGAAAGAACGAGGAGUUAAGAAUAUCAUGGUUCUAUUAUCAACUCUCAGAGGGAGCUUUGAUGAACUCAGAGGGAGCUUUGUCAACUCUCAGAGGGACUUCUCUACAAAAAAAUGAGUUGUACGUAAGAUUUGUUUAUUGCUGUAAUUUCAGAGCUUUCCUAGUACGAAGGAAAAUGAAUAACGAAAGUCAAAUUUAUAUCAUUGGAGAUGUUCUCUGUGAACAGGUACGCAAGAGAUUUCAUUCGAUAACCGAGCUAGAUUGAUUACUAUAUUGCAUUGAUAGUAUUGUACAUUGUUGUAAUAUUAUUUUUCCUUUAGCUGCCACGCCUAACACCAUACAUCCGAUUCUGCAGUUGUCAACUGAAAGCUUGCAAGUUGCUACAAAACAAAAUUGAGAGUGUACCAGAAUUUAAAGCUUUAGAAAAGGUAAAGUCUUUCUAUGUGUGUACAAUUCUUGUAGGAAUCCACGUUAUUGGUUUUGUAUCGAUUUGCUGCUAUAUUUGCGAGUAUUGAAGUAGUGAUUUAUCAUUAGGCAGUGAAAACGGUUUGUGUGUGUGUGUGUCGCUUAUAAUCUGUUUACAGACGGUUUGUGUGUGUCGCUUAUAAUCUGUUUAAUCAUUCGCAGAAAUGUUGUCAGGAUUCUCGCGCUCGUGGUAUGCCUCUCAGUAGUUAUCUUCUCAAGCCUUUACAGAGAGUCACUAAAUAUCCGUUGCUUAUAAGGAAGGUGUGUAUCAGUAGUUAUUUUGAUAGUACAGAGCUGUGUGUCACGGUACGGUAUUAUGCUGUCUUGCACUAUCAUGCAUGCAUUGUCAUAAUCAGUAUACUACAAUACGUGAUAAUACAAGAGUAUCUUUUCAUCCCUUUUCGAUACGUGCAAUAUGCCGUUGUCUGGGUAAAUUAUUCCUCAGUUGCAUACAAGAAGAAUGCUUCCAUUUUGACCAAGCACCGCACUAUCUCGCAUAGUAUAAACACGGAAACGAUUAGGCAUGAUCAGGACUUCUAUAGGGAGAACAGUUUAGAACUGACAUCCAGCAUACAAUUUACACGUUUAGUGAUAUUUUAGUCGAUAAUCUCUCAAAUCUCACUAGAUUCUUGAAGGCACUCCGGAGAUUCAUUUUGAUCGAGGAGAUCUAGAAAUUGCCUUAGAGAAAGCCCAGGACCUCUGUCGCCAGGUAUGUUCAUGAAAUGUGCUUCAUUAAUUUGUCAAGAAGGAAUUUUAUGGCUAUUCAAUGUGUGUUCGUAGGUGAACGAGGGCGUGCGAUCACAGGAAGACACAGAUCGCUUGGAGUUUAUGCAGACACACAUCAGUACUGAAGGACUGGAUGAGGUAGGAACCAAGCUAUGAGAGUUUUAAAACACCAUGAUAGAUAGAAAUUUAUCGGGACAUGCCACACCCAGUUUAAUAGAGAGAGGUACAAGCUUGAGAAGUACAGUAAUUCAUGAAUUAGAAUAUUUUGUUUUUUUCAGCGACUUAUUUUCAACUCGCAAACCAAUUGUCUUGGUCAAAGAAAAUUUGUAUAUGAAGGAACUCUGUUUAAGGUUGUUUACACUACGUUCAUUUUUUUCUUGCAUGUAUGAAGAGUGGUUUGACUCAAUGUGUGUUUUUCUUCCAGCAUAAAAGUGGUAAAGAACUCCAAGCAUUUCUUUGUAACGACUUUCUGCUACUUACACGUGAAAAUAGUUCGUUGGCGAAGAAAAUUAGUAAAGAUUCAGAAAAACAGUACGUCUUGUAUCAACCGGUAUGUACAAUGCAGGCAUAACCAAGAACUUUAAGUGCUUUCAUCGUGAUAAUAAUGAUGAUCAUUGUCAUCAUCGUCAUCAUGAACAUCAUCAUUAUAAUGAUCAUUAUCAUCGUUAUUAUUAUCAUCAUCCUUUUUCAUCAUCAUUAUCGUGAUCAUGAUCAUGAUCAUCAUUAUCGUGAUUAUCAUCAUGAUUAUCAUCAUCGUUACAGCUAACAACACUUAAUAUUUGUUUUAGCCGAUCCGGUUGAAUGAAAUAACAGUGAAAGUUCCCGACCAAAACAGUAUGUUUUCAGUUCUAAUAUAAUCGUAGUUUGUGAACUUUUCAGCAGAUGAACGGUAAUUUAUAGUGUGUGCCUUCCAGUAAAUGUCUGGUUAUAAUUUCACCUCAUGUAUGUGAGUAGAGUGCUACCAGUUUGACUCUGCCAAGUUUCUGUAUGAUAAAGGAUGCCCUUGGUAGACCUCAAGGGACAACACUGACAAAAGUAUCGAGUAUAAAUAAAACUUCUAUUUACAUCAUUCUAAUUUUUUUCAGCUGAAGAAACAUUAUUCCAAGUCUCACAUAUUGAUCGAGUAUACUUACUGCGAGCUGAAACAAAGAAUGAAAGGUGAGCUUGUCUCUUUUACUACCUGAUAAAACAGUAGAAAGUCUUGAACGUUUAGAAGAUUCUUCCGAGAAAACCACUGCAACUAAUACUGUUUUCUCUUAGAAUAACAUGGGUGAGAAAACUAAAGCAAGCUUCGGAACAAUAUAUAGAAACGGAGAGACUACAGAGGCAAAAAGCCCAUAGAGGUAAAAUUCUUUAUUUUGUUUGAUAAUAACUCCAUGAAAGUCAUCCAAGUACUAAACCAUAUUACUAGAUUGAUGCAUUUUUUUAUCAUGCAGGGCGUUCAUUGAUAACAGCGCAAUUGAAUGCUGUUUAAAUAUGUUUUUUUAAGUUUCAUUUUUAAAGUAAUGGUGUUACGUAUGGAAGAUACUGUAGGUUACAUUUAUGACUUGCAUCUUGUUGAUUUUCCUUUCUUUUUACAGCGAGAUCAUUCCGUGCUGACAAUAUUGGUAAACUGGUUGUCUUCAUUAUUGAAGGCUCGGAUCUUAAAGCUUCUGAUCCCAAUGGUGAGUAAAUUGAAAAAUUGGGUCUUAUAUUUUUCCUUAUUCAUUCGCCGUCAUCGGGAACAGAAAUCCUUAUACUAAUGAACAAGCUGACAAAUCUGUCUGAGUCUUCAUUCUUGUCACAUUGAAAAUAUAGUUAUAUAAAAGUUACAGAAAAUAUAGCACCAUCAGGGCUUUUCAGUGACUGAUUACAUCAAGUAUAACGCUUAUCGUAUAUGACCUACGUAGCCUAUAGACUAUUUAUCUUUACAACAAUAAUGUGAUAUUACUUUCCUAUAUAGCUAUGUUUAUCCUAACCCACCCCGUCAACUUUCCCUGUGAAAGGAAACAGGCAAUCAGUAUACAUGCUGUGCUGAGUGGUUAUAUUACUACCUUAAAAAAAACAAACAGAAACUAUAGACGUUUCGAGCGAAGGCCCUUUGUCAAGAGAGCUUGUUUUUUAAAAUAGUAAUAUAACCACUCAGCACAGCAUUUUCACAUUGGUACUACCUACACUGGUACAGACAGUUUUAGUAUAAUCAAUUUACAUAUUUGCACAAUUCUAUAUACAUUAAGUUAAUUAACAUAAUCACAAUAACAUCACAUUUCUGCUAAUUCAGGUUUGAGUGAUCCUUACUGUGAAGUGAGUCUUGGAGGACAGGAACACAAAACAAAAGUGAUCACCAACUCUCUUAAUCCAAAGUGGAACUCAUCGGUAAGAUCUUCAACCUGCAACUUGGAAUGUACGAAAUAUCAACCUAUAAAGUCUGGUUUACACUAUUAAAGUUUCUGUGAUCACAGUAGGAAUUUUGCAUGGGUAAAAAUUUUGAAAGAUUUGUAAGAGAUGUUUUCAGGGAUCUGGCUCACACUAACGCCUGUAUUCUAAAAGCUCACUCACACUAAUGAGUGGAAGUUCAAUCUGAGCUUCCCUCGAGUGUCAUUGCUGUUUUUGAAUAGCUGGAGGGUUAGUGUCGUACCUUACUAUGUGACUACUCACCCUCCAGCUGUUCAAAAACAGCAUUGACACUCAAGAGAAGCUCAGAUUGAACCUCCACUCAUUGAGUGCGAGUGAGCUUUUAGAAUACAGGCGGUCAGUUUCCUUAAACAUUUCUUACAAAUCCUUGAAAAUUUAGAAUUUACCAAUGCAAAAUUCCUCACAGAAACUUUGACAGUGUAAACCAGGCUUAAUUGUUAAACAAAGCGUAUUUAUCUUUUGUCAGAUGCAAUUCUCUCUACGAGACGUUAAACAAGAUGUCUUGUGUAUAUCAGUGUUUGAUCAAGACAUGUACUCGCCCAAUGGUAAGUGAUUUAUCUGGUUAUAGAUCCAUACAUACAUAUAUUACUCAGCACACUCCCUAUAUCAGAGUUUUUCAUAAGCCGGAACUAGCGUGAAGCAGACCGAGGCAGACUGUGAGCUUACAAAUGGCACUUUAAGCAGCCACUAUUAGUCCACACCUCAUUAAUGAUCUGCCCCCUGACCUAUGUGCCUAACCCACCAUGUCCUAUGGACAGUAAAGACGCAAGUGCAAGAAAAUAACAUUGACUGAAACCUGACCCAACCCUAAUCUCUAAUCAUCAUAGUGAAGUAUUUAAAGGGAAAUAAAUUGGUAUGCUUAAAGGGAGAUAGUUUGGUAUGCUUCGAGGAUCGCUGAGAGUUGAUGAGAGUUGGUUCUGACAUUCGCACCUGUCUGCUGUUCUGCAAUAACGCUUCCUUCAACCCAGCAAUAAGAUCUGGUGAAAGUUCAUCAUGCAUGUGCAAUUAUUUAAUGCGUGCAACGUUUCAUUUCAGAUUUUCUCGGUCGAACUGAAGUUUCUGUGGCGACCUUACUCAGUGACGGAAAAGGACCGUGGGAAAAACGUUUGCUUUUACAUGAAGUUUCCACUGGUGAACUGUUCGUAAGACUAGAACUUCAUUUGUAUAAAACUUCAAAGUAGGUAUUUUAACGGUUUUGACAGAGGCAUGGUAAGGGAAGCUCCAUACAUCACUGCAAUAAUAUCUUGAUGCCCAAAUGAAUAGUAAGCCAAAAUAAUGAAUAUUGUAUUUUACCGAAAUUUUGAUACCGUAUAAAUUGUCUGAUAUUUCAUUAUAUUUUUCUACUUUAGUUGAAGGGGGACUGUGAGACUGGCUUUCAACGUUCACUUUCUUGUCUUUGCUUUUACAGUCGUGCCAAUAGAAGCGGUCCGAAAAAUGUUGACCAAUUCAUUUCCUAACUUCGAGGAGUUCUUCUGAACAAUUCCUCAACAAUUUGAUAAGUUCCUUAAAAAGUUCCUAACUUCCUGUUUCAUUGACCAAUCAAAUUUUAUAUUUUAUUUUUGAGCAAUCUGAAUGAUCAAUGAAACAGGAAGUUAGGAACUUUUUAAGGAACUUAUCAAAUUGUUGAGGAAUUGUUCAGAGGAACUCCUCGAAGUUAGGAGUUCCUCUGAACAAUUCCUCAACAAUUUGAUAAGUUUCUUAAAAAGUUCCUAACUAACGUUCCUAACUAUUGGCACGACUGUAAUACUAAGUCUAAGAUAUUAUUGCAGUAAAAUAUUAAGCUUUCUUUUGUCAUCUUCAAUACAAAUGAGUAUUGUUGCCGUUAUUUUCAUACGAACGUGUAUAGCUUAUUUAAUCCUAAUAUGUAGAUAGCAGCUUCUGUAUCCUGUCUUGAUUACCAGCAAAUGUUUAGCAACAAGAGUAUAUAGAUAAGUUGAAAUUUUAUUGAAUGAAAAUGAUAGGAAUAUUUUAGUGUAAUCCGAAAUUAAAUUAAAAUUAAAUUAUUCCACGUAAAUCUGGCUUAUCUCUGAGAAUUUGUAUAAAAGUUAGAAUGCUAAAUAUGUAGAGGUUAGGAGUUUAGAUAGUAUGUUACUCCGUGUUGUUGUAACUAAAUCAUCAAAAGUUAGAAAGUGAUAAAUUUUAACAGUAUAGCUUAGAGUGUUUUAGGUAGAGAUUUUAGGAUUCAAAGCAACAGUGACGGUGAAGAUAAAGAUUUUUGGUGAUGGCAGAUCUUUGGCUGAAAUCCUUAAAAGAACCUGGAUAGACCGCUAUAUAGCGGGCAAAAUGGUGUUUGGGGUUGGACUAAAAGAUCGAAAAGGAGGUGUGGCACAAGGAAGGGAAUUAGGUAAAAGUUGCUAUGAAUGUAAAUUACUUGUUAUUGCUUAAUUGUUAUAUUUACUAUAUAAAGCAUGAGUGACCAUCAUGUAUCAGAUAUGCACAUUCGAGCCGAAGACAAGAGGUUGUAUGCCUGCAUGAUACAACACAGACACGAAUUUGAACAGGAUUUCAACAAUUUUGUUUUAAGUAAUUAUUAAAAAAUAAGUGAUUUCACUGAGAAAAUCGAGCUAAAGUUUAUGCAAGUCAGGAGAAUUUUUUAUAUGUGGGAAUACAACACCUCAUUAGACACUGAUUUCUUUUGAAUUUUCUUCACGAAUUAACGAGUUUUACUAAUACUACAGUGAAUAAAAAGAAAUGAGCAACAUUGAUAAAUUUAAAGCUCUUUUGUAUCAAUCAAAUGAACAUUUAUUAUUUUAUGACCUUCAGAUGGAUCCUCUGAACAAAUAUAGAAGUUCUAUAAACGUUCAAUUUUACAUCGACUCUGAAUUAAGAUUUCAAAAUAAUUAAAGAUCACUAUUAUUUGGCCAUUAAUAUGUUCGCUUGUUUAAUUAAAAAAUUAUUUUCAUUAGUGUUUAAAAUAAUUAUUUAACUCCGAUAAACAGUUUACAUAAACAUCAAAUGACACCGCCAUCAAAUAUUAAAUUUUAAUGAUAAUUUCAAUUAAUUAAAAUAGUAACACUGUAUAGAGAAUUAUUAAUUAUAAAAACUAAUUACUUCGCUUAAUUGGAUAACACCAUGACACCAAUUACAACAUUGACGUAGCUGAAAUCUGUACAAACUAACUUUAUUUAAGGAGAACCGUUUAAUUAAAGAUCAAGUGAUUAUAAAUUUCAGCCUUUCCUUGGAGGACCCUCAGAAGAACCCUCGGAUCGCAAAGGUGAAGAGAGGAGAGAUCGUAGAGUUCAAAUUACUGAAGGCCUACAGAGCUAGGAUUCAUAUAAUUGAACGAAGGUAUAGUGACAAUAAAUUAUAGUAAUGCGUUUUGAAAGAACAGUUUUAGUUUUGUUUUCGUGGGUAUGGUGGUAGACUUUAUUUAACUUGAAUGUUCUGUUAAAGUUUCCUCCCUUGACGUCCAAUAAGGAGUAUCCUUUAUACGUCCAAUGUAGAGGAGGAAACCCACACUAAACUUUAUUAUUCUUAUACUGGAUAUCUUUAUCAAUUCUAACAUCUAUUCUUAAAGGUUAAAGGUCUAGUAAGCGCUAUACUCAACUAUACCCCUUAUUGGUCCACUGUUGGACAAAACAAUUUUCUUCUAGGAAAUAAUCUGGAGAUAAAAAUUUCCUGUAGACCAACCGAGUACAUCUGUGCCUAAAAUCAUGGCUGACCACAGUAUUCCGGGAAAGAUGUCUUUCAAGCAUAAGUUGUUGGGCCCAUACUAGGACAUACAUGUUAUAGGGUUUUGUUUAAAUUGUGUCUUCAACUUAUGUAAUGUCCUGCAGCUGUUUAUACAUUUCGCCUAUUUUUCCACUCUUGGUUACAACAGAAGGAAUACGGAGUUUCUGGAGAAAAUCUCCAAGGGUUAGUUGAGUUGAACUGGAAGUGCUCCCUAGACACAAAUUGAACCCUGAUCGCGAGGUAAAAGUCACCUAACCUAUAACUAUCUGUUUUGUUUCAGUAAUGUUGCGUUGUAUCCAGUACAUUUGCCUCUUGGCGUUGACAUGUUCGGCACGGAGCAAUUCCGUUGACAAUAACAGCCCAUACGAAGACGAGGCCAGUCUACGAGCAGAGAUCCAACAGAUGAGAGCGAAUCAGCUUAGUCUACAGAAAACCAUCGGUAAUGUCGCCCGCCAGCUUAUGCUCCAGCAGUUGUUCGUCGAAGAACGCAUCCGGUCUGAAGGCCAUUCAGGAAUCAAACAGGUUAGUUGAUGUUAGUCAUGACUGGAAAUUUUUUGAAAAACCUUACUAUUGAAAUAGCAUUAGAUUGGAAUAUUUUAGAAAUUCAAUUUCCUCACUGACUGCCAUUUCCACACAUCUGGUAUGCUGUUGAAAUAGUGUGAAUAUAGUUUCCGAAAAUAUAAUAUAUUUCUGAAAACCUUAGAUAUUUGAUAGCUGAAUAACUGUGUAACAAGACUGUGACAAUUAUUUGUUGACCAUGAAAACACGGUUAGGCUAUAGAUCAAUCUGUAUAUUGUAUGAAGUAAAAAAGUUUAGAGAACUAAGAUUUCAGGCUACAAGGUGAUGGCAACCUAAAUUUGCUCCCUCGCGAACAUGACUUAGACGCAACAAUGAACCUAUUCCCCAAUGAACAAAAUUUUGAUCUGGACAAGUCUACACAAACAUUUCACCACAGCUUGAAAGAGCAUCACAAAAUUAGUAAUAUUCCGAAUGUUGUAAAAUGUGCAUAAUAUAGCCCUUCGAAGUUUGCCGUUUUUCAGUCAUUUUGUAUUACGCGCGGGAAAUUGAUACCGCUUUCUUAAAAAAAGGUAUCAAUUCCCCGUGCGUAAUACAAAAUGACUGAAAAACGGCAAACUUCGCAGGGCUAUACUAUCCGCAUUUUACAACAUUUCGCAACGAAACCUAAAUCAAAAUUUUGUUCAUUAGGUAAUAGGUCCAUUUGGGGGGGGGGGGAUGUAUAUUCAUACAUUCGUGUCCUGCCCAACGGAUUUCCUUUGAAAGCAACUAUUUUUAUGGUAUGUGAACAUGAAUACAUGAAUACACCCCCGCCAUCCCCCCACCCCUAUUUUUAUGGUAUGUGAACAUGAAUACAUGAAUACACCCCCGCCAUCCCCCCACCCCCUCACGGGGGUCCCCCACCCCCUCACGGGGGUCCCCCACCCCCUCACGGGGGUCCCCCACCCUCUCACGGGGGUCCCCCACCCCCUCACGGGGGUGUAUAUAGUGUCCGCCAUGAAUGACUGGCCCUGGCCGCUUGUCUAAGUUUCUUUCUCUUCACAGGUGCGUGUUUAUGGUUUGGGUGACAGACCUUAUCAAACGAGUACACAUACCGGGGGUGCAGUUGCCGCUAUACACGAUCAUUCAAACAACCUACGUACCGUUGGUAUGGGCGAGUAUAUUGCUGUUUUGAAUGGGGUCGAGUUUCGUACCCGGCAUAAUGACUACCGGCUAUAUAUGCCACAUAGGACGAGUCCCCGGUAUGGAGAAUGGGAACCGAUUCCAUUCCCACCUGUCCCACCGGAAGUGUCGUCAUUGAAAACCACGGAAACGCAGGUGGUGGAGAUGCGAGAAUGGUUCAAAGCUUGGCGAGACCAGGAUACAUCAAAACGAGACUACAGGAAAUAUUUCAGACCAGUACUGUGUUAUCUGGAAGGAGGUUGGACUAACCCAAACACUCAAGGUGAUAUUGAUGAACCAUUCCCUAGCGACAGGCAUUUCGUUGACGCCAAGAACUGGUUUGACUUGCAAGAAAAGAUCAGGUACUCAAAUUACUCUAUUUAUACUGGAUAGUUCUCUGGAUAGUACAGCAACUCUCGCUGGGGUUUCACUGCCAACUCUCAUCAACUUUGAGCUGGUUCUCAGAUUUGGUUGAGAGUUUUUGCUCCCCGCGCGGUAUAUUCAAUCAAUCUCAUCAAUUCUCGUUUGACAACAGCAUUAUUGUGGUCCGGUAAGAGCCAUCGCUCAUCGAUCCAAAAUCAUCCAUAAAAUAUAUUGAGAUGGGAGGAGGGGUUGUCUCUAAUCAUUUGCUAGUCCUGUAUUAAUAUCGAAACUACCUUUAUUUAUACUGGACAGCUCUAUCAGUUUGACUUUGUUUCUAUGGAGAUCCAGUGAGAACAUGUCUUUAUCUGACCAGAGGAGAAAUUUAUGAGAAAAUCAUUAAUGUAUAAAUUUUAUUUUCAGAUUCACCUCUUACUCAGGACGGAAGAGUAAUUUUGAAAACUAUGCUUACUUACCGACCACAAUUAUGAACGUGACACGCGGAACUACCCCCGUGUUCGCGCAAUGGAACUACCGUAUCAUGUGUCAUCCGAUCAAAGGCGACCUCCCAACGAACCGUCUACGAGUAGUUGACGAGUUCGGGCGACGAAUGAAAGGUCGGCUAACCGUUGUUGAUCUGGCAUGGACACGUCAAGCAAGAUUUCAGCUGAACAUGAAAGAUGACGAUAGAUGGCAUAGUUAUUUCCCCAGGGGAGAGUAUGGACUGUUGGACAAACUUAUGGCUGAGAUUCCUGGAAAGGAUAAUUAUCCUGGAAACUUGGUUGACGAUGCCUUUGAUUUACCUGCUGUGCGGUUGGAUACUACUAAUCCAAAUGACAAGGUAAACAGAUUGCUAAUCACCUUAGUAUUUAUACAUGAACUUGUGAUUAGAGCUCGACAACUGUCUCUCUGUAGCUCAGUUGGUUAGAGCUCGACAACUGUCUCUCUGUAUCUCAGUUGGUUAGAGCUCGACAACUGUCUCUCUGUAGCUCAGUUGGUUAGAGCACUGCACCGGAAUCACAGGUUCGAUUCCUGUCAGGGACCUAAAGUUGCAUUUUUCACAACUGUUUCUGGUUAAGUGUAAUAAAACAAAUCCAAAUAUACAAAUCCAGUAAUCAGGGUUUCCAAUAGAAUUUUGAAUAUGACCCUGCCAAUAGAACCCUGCCAAUAGAACCCUGCCAAUAGAACCCUGCCAAUAGAACCCUGCCAUAUCCGUAUGGCCUAGAAGCCGCUAUCUCAAUCCCGAAAAUGAGGCUCUGUUCAUUUAGUAUGGUAGAACCAGGUAGUACACCUUACGAGUACUUUGAUGUAUUUUCCAGAUUAACGCUGCGUAUUACAACCGUGCGUUCAGAGUGACUCAGAGAGGCGCCAUGGGGUUGAGUAACCGUCAUCGUGGUUUCUCGGAUGAGAAUCUAUUCAUGGCUAUGACAUCACAACCUAAAAUAGCCGGCAUGGACCUGAACGACUGUCAGUAUUCACGAGGAAAACGUGUAUGUAAGCUGUAUAGCCAGAAGUGGACGUAUGCCAUACCUCUGGAGAUCAUUUACCUCACACCACUGUUAAGCUGGAAUCCCUAUGAUAUACAGUUCAAAGGACUUUCUAAUUCAAAACCAGGCCGUGAAGUCACUGAAGGUAUGUUGAUUUUACGUCUAACGGAGAUGAGAAUUGAUGAGAGUUGUAACUCUCACUCGCGUUUCAUAAACUCUCAUUGACUUUGAACUGGCUCAAAUUUUAAUGAGAGUUGAUAAGAGUUUUCACUAUUGCGCGGUAACGUCCAGUUAACUCUCAUCAACUCUCAUCAACUCUCAUGCAACUCUUGUUCUCGUUUGACCGGGACAUGAGAGUUGAGAAAACUCUCAUGCAAACUCUUGCUUAUCAACUCUCAUGCAACUUUUGUUUUCGUUUGACCGGGACAUGCGAGUUGAGAAAACUCUCAUGCAAACUCUCGCUUAUCAACUCUCCUUUGACCACGGCUGUAGGCUAUUCCAUAGGUGGAAACAAGCGGCGAAAUUGUGUAAUAGCAGGCGCCUUGUGAAGAACCGUUAUGCGAUUUUUACUAAAUUCUUAAAAUCUUGCUGUAAGGUGGGAAGCGCAAUGGAGCCACGCGAGAGAAAGCAUACAAUGGCACGAGUGAACCAAUAUUCUAUCAAACACCAGCGGCUUUUUUUACUGGCGACAUCAAUGGCAAGGAUCCAGCCGACACUACAAAAGGUGCUGUCUGGGUGUUAAAUAAAGCUGGACAACCCAAACAAACCAAGGCCUCAGGAAUUCGUAUCUUUUUACCCUCUAUACCUGGUGUAGGAGUAUUACGUCAGAGGUAUGUAUUGGAUUUUGUAUAGAACUCAAGCAAUAUCAAUAAUAUAUGGACAUGGUAAUGUAAUAUCAAAGAGCUUUUAUCGUUGUUUCCUCGUCUGCCUCUGCUGUGGCGGACUGUGGGAAAUAUCAGAUGCAUUUAAAGUUCAUCAAUAUUCGUAAAACUUGUAACAGACAAUGUCAGACAUACAACCUCUCGAGCUUGUAUAUCUAAUACAAAACAACCGCUCAUGCUAAACUUAGUAGCCGUUUUACCAGAAAUCCUAUAGGUGGGUUUUAGAGAAUAAUAAUAUAUUUUAUAUCGUACUCACCCUUACGUAGGUACCUUACUUUUCCAUGACUUCACCCCCUCCCCACCCUCGUCUCCCCUCCAGUAUUCCCCUCUGCCUCAAUUUUCUCAACAAAGGCUUGUUUUUUUCCAGAUACCCCAUCAUGCCAGUGCAUGGCGAAGGUAGUUCAGUUUGGAAAGAACUCUCAGCUGUAUCAGACGCUCUCUUGGACUCGCAUAAAUAUCUCGCACUCUACAGACAAUCCAUCAACACUAAACCUCUGCCCACCUUACCCCCGAUAAAACGUGUGAUUUUGGUAACUGGCAAAUCAACCAGCGACAAAACGUCAAAACACACCCACGAGGUUGUCAUUGAGGAUUAUCAGGUCUGUGUUGGAAUUAUUUCAGUACCAUGUAUAGCACAGAAUACUACACAGAAGUCCAUCUCCAUUGUUUUUUGCGUAAGCUCUAUUCGUCAUGAUUCGUCACUCGGCAAGUACCGUAAACAGAAGCAGUCACCCCCCUGGACAUGCGCCAUUUUUAGUAUUUCCAGGGGGGGACUGCUUCUGUUUACGGUACUUGCUGAGUGACGAAUCAUGACGAAUAACGCUUACGCAAAAAACAAUGGAGAUGGACUUCUGUGUAGUAUUCUGUGACCAUAGUCUGUAGAUCGCAACUGGUUAGGUGUAAGAAAUGUAUAAAAUUCACAAUUUAAUUUUUCUUGCUUCUAAAUGAGUGCCAACACUUUUGUAUCGCUUGUCAUUUAGAUGGCAGAUCUUCACAAGGGAAUAUGGGUAACAGUCACAACGAGCGAAGCCAACGGACAUGAGCAUACACUCGUUGUUCGCUAUAAGAAAAUUCAUAAGUUUUACUACAUCUAUACUUGCGAUGGAAAAUUGCAUAGAUGGCCUUAUCGUUGCUGGGACCAACAUUAUGCCAGGUUCACCCUAGCUGUUGGGUAAGAGAUUUGGGACAUUUGAGAUCAAAUGGGAACAUCUGAAAUCAUACGAAAUAGUUGUAGAUUAAAGUAGAGUAAAAUAAAUAAAGUGCAUUACAAAAAAGUAGGGAACGAGUAAGAUUUUUAUGCAUGAUUUGGUGUUAUUAUUGUUAUCACAGGAGAAACUGCCUGCGGUGUUUCAUAGAGUGUUUAUUUGCACUGACAAAGAUUCUUGCUUACGUACUAAAGGUUUUUUUGCAAUAAAUUAACCUGGUAUUUCCAGUGGGUGUUUCCGACGAAAAUAAAUCAAUUAACCAGAGUCUGUCAGUCAUGCGUGGUACUUACAAGGUCCAAUGCAUUGACGUCAGAGUUAAGUGGAGUACCUGAGAUGUUCACCAAGGUUAGUCAUGAGUAAAAAGUUGUCAGAAUUGAAAGAAUUUGUAGAUGGACAUUUUUUAUACAUUUGUUACUCCUAAUUGACCAUUUGCAUUAUAGACUAAAUCUUGAUCUAAGUAAGAACAACGAAAUCUAUCACCACAGCUAGAAAGAGCGUCUUGGAAUUAGUAAUAUUACAAAGUUUGGUUGCGAAAUGUUGUAAAAUACGGAAAAUAUAGCCCUUCAAAGUUGGCAAAUUUGUAUACUUUUGUAUUACGUACGUGAAUUGGUAACUAAAUUAGUUACCAAUUUCCGCACGUAAUAGAAAUGUAUACAAAUUUGCCAACUUCGCAGGGCUAUAUUUUCCGUAUCUUACAACAUUUCGCAACCAAACUUUGCAGUUUUUCUUUGCAGAAAAUAUCCUUUGUUAUUCCCAGAUUAAAAUUUUUUCUAAAGCGCAAGUCGUCCAUUAUACAUUUACAGUAUCUUCUGACGGAUGUGAACGAGUGGAUUAGUUAUGGAUGUUCAGAUUUACAUACUGUAUACUCAGAACAUUCAUAACUCCCAGGUUCGUAUUUUAGCCAAUCAGCGCUCAGAAAGGGUUGUCCGAAUAGAAAUCCAUUUUGAUGUAUUCAGUCAAUUAUAUCUUUCGUUAUUCUUUAUGAAACUAGUUGAAAUUUUGUUAUUAUGUUUGGUUAUGAGAACUAUAGCUCUGACAAAAAUAUGGAAUCGAAAUAAAGUAUACUACAGGAGAUAUUCAGUUGUUUUAAUCACAAAAUGGAUUUCUAUUUGACAACUAGUGCCAGUACUUUUCCGCGUAUCAAGAUCAUCUGGUCAUCUACUCGUUCACAUCCAUCAGAAAAAAGAAAAUCACACCAGAAGUUGUAAACGAGCCUUUAAGCCUGGUUCACACUGGCAAUUUCGUCGGCGAUUUUUCUCCUCCUGGCGGAUGUGAUUGAAUGAGUUGCAUGCAAAAGACUGAGAAAAUGUAUAUAGGUCCAAAACGCGAUUCCAUACUUUUGACUGCGAGUUCACUCAUUCGCAUUUGUCAGGAGGAGAAAAUCGCCGAUAAAAUUGCAAGUGUGAACCAGACUUUAGGAGCGGUUGCAAAAAAUGCAACUAUUGUCCCAUCUACAAAUCCCUUUAGGAAUUCGUUCUAUAGAGUGAGAUGACUAAAACCUUUGUAUUUACCCAUAAGUUACUCAUGAGGACAUCAUGUCACUGGUAUCUUUCACUUUUUUUUCAGAAAAUGGGCGAGGAAAUGAAACAGAGCAUAUGAAGCAAUCAAUUAAGAAUGGCGGCGAGGUAGAAUGUGACCAUGCAUGCAUGUUGUGGGCGUGGUUCACUUGAUUUAUGUUCUUUUGUAUCCAAUCUCGUACCCAGACUAUCCGUUCGCAGGUCAAGUUGUAUCUUACACAGGUAUUAACAAUGUUGAACCAUGUUAAUUUCCAGACGUAUUAUGUAUAGACUAUAGACCCUCAGUUAACAGCAAUUUUGACCUUUUUGAUUGAAUCAAUCAUGAAUCUAUAGAUCCGUUUGCAUGCGUAGGAUAUAAGAAUCGUUCUGUUUUAAAAAUUAAAACAGAACUCUCAACAUUGUCAAUAAUCGGUUUGUCACUCUUGUGUGAAGAUCAAGCAUGCAGGAUUGCAUGUUCUCACCACAAAUCUAUCCCUCCUCAGUCAUUUCUUCAGUAUUUGUGCAGAGGGAAACUUUUGAUUGAGGAAUAUUUUGAAUUUUUUACGCGUACUUUAAGGGAGAAUUUUAAGGAAUCAUAUUUAGUUAUCUGCCAUUUGAGUCUAUUUUGAGACUGCGAAGUGUUCUUCAUAUCCUGUUAAUAGAAUUUGAAGAUCGUUUUGUUUCCUCAGCAAUUUUACAGGUCUGCAAACAUUUUCAUGGUUUUAGAUUGAAUAUCUACAAUCGUUCUGUUUGAUGUCAUUUUAAAACACAGACAACAAAAGCAACUCUUAAAAUUAUCAAUACUGAAUUGCAUUACGGUUUGUUGCUCUUGUGUGAAGACGAAACGUAACGUAGAAACACUAGAUAGCUCAUUAGUAUUAUAGUUAUAUCUGAACUAAUAUUUUCAGCACAAAUCAAUCCUGAAUACCACUCAUUUCUCUAGAACUUGUAUACAGAGGAAAACUUUUUACUAAGAUAAGCUCUAGCAAUUUUGUUUUAACUGUUUUCCGUAGACGACGAGGGAAAUCCCUGUUCAUCCAUUGUUACUUCAACAGGAGUACCCGCGGUGUACGUAAUCAAAUCAACAUUUUGCUUCAGUUAAUUGUAUUUUCCCAACAAUAAGUAAAAUGUUAUAUAAGAAAACGCAUUUUCAUGUUUUAAUCGCAUUAACGUAAGCGCAUUGGUGAACGCUAGAGGGAACCUCCCCCCAAAUAAUUUCUGAAAGCCUUUGAAUGACAGCUCAAUAUAACCGUGUAACAAUGCUGUAACAAUAUUUAAGCUAUGAACUAAGCUAUAUAUUGCUUGAAAUGUAAGGCAAAAAAAAUUAUCAGGACUAAGACUUCCAGCCACAGAAGGUCAUAUGUUGGCAACAUAUAUUCGUCUUCCCCCUUCCCCAUAGUUCGCGACGUUUCUGGUAAUAUGUUGGUAAUGUGCAACCUAAUCCCCCCCCCAAUAAUUUGUGACGUUCCGCUUAAGCGGAACGGUAUUUUAAGAUACAUAUUUAUUUUUUGAAAAAGUCCCACAGUUAUUAUAUGCAAAUUGAAAUGCGGUCUCUUUUCGUUCUUAAAAUUGUCAAUUAAUAACUCUCUUACCGCGUUCAUGCGUUUCUAAGUGUUUCUCAAGGGGUUUAACCAUUAUCUAUAAAACAUUGCAGGAUUCCGUGCAGCAGAUCAGAGCAGCUGUGGACGCAGAGCAGACGAAAAUCUAUGUAAGUUUUGCUAUUGUUUUGUGCUGAUUUAUUGUGUAAAUUCUAUACUAAAUGCUACUUGUCUUGAGUUUUAUUGAGUUCCUCCCUCAUUGGUGAGCGGAUUUCCCAACAUGCUAUUUGUCGAAUUGACAGGGUAUCCGAGGUGCGUACAAUUUAACGUCCCUAUCCGAGAAGACGCGAAGCUGAAUUGCACUGUCUAGGUUGCUGAGCAUUGUAAUGUUAUUUCAUUACGAUUUCGUAGCUGAUGUUUGUGAUGUUACUCUGAGUGUAUAUCCACACCGGGUGAGCUUGAAAAUGAUGCCCGGCCACGGUGGGAAUCGAACCUACGACCUUUGGAAUACUAGAUUUCGUAGCUGUCCUGGAAAUUGCGCGAUUUCGCCGUGUGCAUGAAACUUGGCGAAUUCGGCAAGAGCUAAGCGCGUAAUUCCGGUGUAAAAAUGUAGAAUCAGAUCUGAAAUUAUACGGUCAUGCAGUUUCAGGGCCCUCUCAAAACUUUUACGCCCUCUACAAUGCCUCGCGGGGGAGGGGAGGGGGUAUGGGCCCCCAUAAUGUAAGAUGCGGACAGAAAAUCGACACCGGUUGUAAGCACGACGUGUACAUGAUCUUAUUUAAUAAAAUCUUUGGGUUUUUUUCCUUACUUCCCUUUAGUUGUGAAGAUGAGCAUUGUUCCACUUGUGGUCGCCAUAUUGCUGUCUUGUCAUGGUGGAUUUUGUGCAGAAAUCACCCUGCAAGAAAUGAUUAACGAGAUGUCUAAGAAACUGGAGCAGUCAAAUAAAAGAGUCACAGAUUUAUUACGUCAUACCAUGCAACUAGAACUGUUCGUCUCUGAAAAUCUUCGCUCUUCAGGUAUGCCUUGUGAAUAGCACGUAUUUCAAUUGACGUCACAAGUCGAUAACGAGUAACGAUUUCCGUCAGUACAGAAGAUAAAGUGUUUAAAUACUUACGGCAUAAUAUGAACAGAGACUUGCCCUUAAGAAACAUUAGGAAAUUUACUGUCCCUAAAUGUGAUACAGAUCGUUUUAUCAUAGUUAAUAGAAAAUAAACAUGGUUUGGAAGCUUGACAAAAGACAUUGUUCUAUGUUUUUGUCCAAGUUUAUGGAAAUUUGUGCACUCGGAUUCUGUAUAAUGAGGCGAUUACCCAAUAAAAACCUUAGUUUCAAUCGCUGAACCCUAAUAUUUGAAUAUUAAUAAACGCAAGACAAAAGAUGUGUGCACCCGGAAUUACAUUUCAACAUCAGUUGAAGUUUGAAUAGGAAAUUCUUUGAAGUUUACCGGCCUUCCUAACCAUGUUUAUUUCUAUUAACUAUGGUUUUAUAAAUAUUACAACUAGUCGUUAUAAUGAGUUUUAUUGUAAAUAGUUAAAAAUAUCUAUUAGCUUUAACUUCUUCUUAACUGUAAACCAUAUCAAUUCAGUAUGUAUACUGUAAGUCAAAGUAUUGAAUAAAAACCAUCUAUCUCAUCUAUCACCUCAUCUAUCUCUCAUCUAAUAAUCUGACCAUUGCGUGAAAGGUAGCAUGUACUGUGACACAAACCGUAUAUAUUAAUUCAUGUUUAUCUGUUUUAGGUCAAAGUGGUUUAAAACAAGUACGCUUAGGCAAUGAAGGAACAAAAGCAUACCACUCCGACUCGUUUCUCACCGGGAAACGUAUCGCGUCAAUUCACGAUCAUUCCAACAACGUUCGUACCGUGGGUAUAGGCGAAAUCAUUGCUGUCAUGAAUGGCGUUGAAUUCCGAACCCGUCACAAUGACUACCGGCUAUACAUGCCUGCUAAUACAUCCGAGUACCACGCAACCCAGAAUAUACCCUUCCCCCCAACACCUCCAGAGGUUGUAGCCUUAGAAAGUAAUAUUUCUGCAGCUGUCGAAGAAAUGGUACAAUGGUUUAAAGCGUGGCGUGAUCAGGAUUACAGCGUUCGGGAUUAUCGAAAGUACUUUAAACCACUUCUGUGCUACAUGGAGGGUAAGUUCACAUUUGCUGUUAGAAUUACAGUUGAAUUAGAGAGAUGUGUACUAAACAGGUGUCUGUAGCAGACAAGUUUUUUGGAGAGGUAUCCAAGCAUUAGAGAGGUAUCCAAGCAUUAGAGAGGUGUCUGUAUUAGAGAGAUGUCUGUAUUAGAGAGAUGUUUGUAUUAGAGAGAUGUUUGUAUUAGAGAGAUGUUUGUAUUAGAGAGAUGUCUGUAUUAGAGAGAUGUCUGUAUUAGAGAGAUGUUUGUAUUAGAGAGAUGUUUGUAUUAGAGAGAUGUUUGUAUUAGAGAGAUGUCUGUAUUAGAGAGAUGUUUGUAUUAGAGAGAUGUUUGUAUUAGAGAGAUGUUUGUAUUAGAGAGAUGUUUGUAUUAGAGAGGUGUCUGUAUUAGAGAGAUAUUUGUAUUAGAGAGAUGUUUGUAUUAGAGAGAUGUUUGUAUUAGAGAGAUGUCUGUAUUAGAGAGAUGUUUGUAUUAGAGAGAUGUUUGUAUUAGAGAGAUGUUUGUAUUAGAGAGAUGUUUGUAUUAGAGAGAUGUUUGUAUUAGAGAGGUGUCUGUAUUAGAGAGAUGUUUGUAUUAGAGAGAUGUUUGUAUUAGAGAGAUGUUUGUAUUAGAGAGAUGUUUGUAUUAGAGAGAUGUCUGUAUUAGAGAGAUGUUUGUAUUAGAGAGAUGUUUGUAUUAGAGAGGUGUUUGUAUUAGAGAGAUGUUUGUAUUAGAGAGAUGUUUGUAUUAGAGAGAUGUUUGUAUUAGAGAGAUGUUUGUAUUAGAGAGAUGUCUGUAUUAGAGAGAUGUUUGUAUUAGAGAGAUGUUUGUAUUAGAGAGAUGUUUGUAUUAGAGAGAUGUCUGUAUUAGAGAGGUGUUUGUAUUAGAGAGGUGUCUGUAUUAGAGAAGUGUUUGUAUUAGAGAGGUGUUUGUAUUAGAGAGAUGUUUGUAUUAGAGAGAUGUCUGUAUUAGAGAGAUGUCUGUAUUAGAGAGAUGUUUGUAUUAGAGAGAUGUUUGUAUUAGAGAGAUGUUUGUAUUAGAGAGAUGUUUGUAUUAGAGAGAUGUUUGUAUUAGAGAGAUGUCUGUAUUAGAGAGAUGUUUGUAUUAGAGAGAUGUUUGUAUUAGAGAGAUGUGUGUAUUAGAGAGAUGUUUGUAUUAGAGAGAUGUGUGUAUUAGAGAGAUGUGUGUAUUAGAGAGAUGUUUGUAUUAGAGAGAUGUCUGUAUUAGAGAGAUGUUUGUAUUAGAGAGAUGUCUGUAUUAGAGAGAUGUUUGUAUUAGAGAGAUGUUUGUAUUAGAGAGAUGUGUGUAUUAGAGAGGUGUCUGUAUCAGAGAGUUGUUUGUAUUAGAGAAGUGUUUGUAUUAGAGAGAUGUCUGUAUUAGAGAGAUGUCUGUAUUAAAGAGGUAUCCAAGCAUUAGAGAGGUGUCUAUGUUAGAGAGGUGUCCAAGCAUUAGAGAGGUGUCCAAGCAUUAGAGAGGUGUCUGUAUUUGAGAGGUGUCUGUAUCAGAGAGUUGAAUGUAUUAGAGAAGUCUGUAUUAGUGGGAUGUAUAUAUUAGAGAGAUGUCUGUAUUAGAGAGGUAUCCAAGCAUUAGAGAGAUGUCUAUAUUAGAGAGGUAUCCAAGCAUUAGAGAGGUGUCUAUGUUAGAGAGGUAUCCAAGCAUUACAGAGAUGUCUGUAUUAGAGAGAUGUCUGUAUUAAAGAGGUAUCCAAGCAUUAGAGAGGUGUCUAUGUUAGAGAGGUGUCCAAGCAUUAGAGAAGUGUCUGUAUUAGAGAGAUGUGUGUAUUAGAAAGAUGUCUGUAUUAAAGAGGUAUCCAGAUAUUAGAGAGGUGUCUAUGUUAGAGAGGUAUCCAAGCAUUAGAGAGGUGUCUGUAUUAGAGAGGUGUCUGUAUUAGAGUGGUGUCUGUAUUAGAGAGGUAUUUGUAUUAGAGAGGUGUUUGUAUUAGAAAGGUGUCUGUAUUUAAGAGAUUUGAUUGUUGACUAUGAAAUUUGGCUUAAUUAUUGUAAUGUGGGGAGGGCUACAAAUACAUCAGUAGUUUGUACUUGCUGUGAAGUGCUUAUUCUCUUAUGAUAAAGCCUAUUCAAUUCAAUUAAAGGCACCUGGAAUCAUGCAUCAGACAAAAUCGAAGAGCCGUUCGAGAGCGACCGGCAUUUCGUAGAUGCUUCAAGCUGGGCCGACCUGGAACGUAAAGUACGAUUCACAUCUUACUCUGGGAGGAAAGAUAACUUGGAAAAUUUUGCCUACCUACCGACCACUAUUAUUGAUCUGGAGAAUGGAACAACCCCUGUGUUUGCACAGUGGAAUUAUAGAAUUCUCUGCCACCCGUUGAAAAAUGAUCUACCUUUGAACAGGUAAGACAGUGAUGCCAGUGUUAUAUCAUUGCCAUCCCUCUAAAUCGUUUUAUUAGGUAUAGGGAUUUUGGCUUUUGGUGGACAUAUCUAUGAGGUCCCAAAAUUACUGCCCUCUGAUUUUUGUAAUACUCUUUAGACUACGUGUAAUGGAUGACCUCCAGUCUCGGAUCACUUACACAAGAACGUUACAAGAGCAAGCUAAAACACGAGCUGCAAGAUUCCAGAUCAACCCUGUCGAUAGUGAUGUUUGGAAGGAUAGAUUCUCAAGGUAAAUCAUUUUGAAGUAAAUACUGGCUAGCUUUGUCAGUUUUAGACAGUUCUUGCUGGAGUUGCAAUCCAGUAUUACUAUACAGGAGAAAUCUAAACUAACAUUAUCAUGCUGGAUAUAUUUUGUUUAAACUCUUUGCCCUAGAUGUCCAGUUAAGGCCAUCCUUUAUUCAAGUAGACUACCCAGAUCUUACCUGUGGUGUUUGGCAAAGUGAAACUGGAAUUACUUUCCUCGCAUGCAGCAGAGUUUAUGAUAUAUGUCAACUGCAUGGGGCCAUUCCAUUUAAUGUACACCCCCCAUAGGGGGGGGGGCUAUGGACGACAAUUUCCGAGGGUGUUUGAAAAAGCCAUUUCUGAGGGGUUGUGUGCAUCGGCAUCCUUUGAUCUUUGCAUUUUUUCUGAGGAGUAAGGUAAAAAUUUCUGAAUUUCUAGGGGGAAGUUUGUGUUGGCACUUGGUUUGACUUGUCCAUAGGGGGGGGGGGGGGUACAAUAAAUGGAAUGGCCCACAUAGCAGGAACCGUAGGCACAUGAACUAACCAUGACACAUUUCUACAUUUUUUCCAUAGAUUUAGUUUCGUGGAUAAGAUAAUGGGUGAAAUUCCUGGAAAAGAUAACUAUGGUGCAUACAUACAAGAUGAUGCUCUAGGCCAGCUGGCUCUAACCAUGGACCCAGAAAAAGAGGGUGAAAUAUUGAAUGCAGCAUAUUACCACAGAUACUACAAGGUCAAGGAGAGGGGUGCUAUGGGACAGCAGCUGAGACAUAGAGGAUUUUCUGACUCCAAUUUAUGGAUGGCCAUGAAUACACAACCUAAAGUAGCAGGCUAGUAUUAAUAUUUUUUAAUAUUUAUUUUCGUACCAGAUUUCGAACGAGGCUUUACAGUUUGUAUGGCAAGCAAGUGGUUAUAGUACUUGAACUGAAAGGUAAUAGAUAAGUACGUAUUACCUUAGUUUGUAACUCAGGUUCAAUUUCUGUAAUAUAUAGUUACCUGACUAUAAUUUAUCCCAGUCACACACAAGAAGAACAUGUCCAUGACUUAUUGAAUGAGGUUGAACAGGAUACAGGUAUGAGGAAUUAUUAAGACUGAUGUUUGUGUUAUCCGCCGAAGGCUGAGAACACAAACUGAGGCCUUAAUAAUUCCUUACAUUCUGCGAGACCACAUUCUAAACCACAAAAUUACCUCAAACAUGGUAUAUUCUGGGAAUCCCAGGUUACAAACACCAAAGGUUUUCUCGAGGUAUUCUGUUUCCUCCUGUGGAGAUAGUGAGACUCUAAAGAGACUCUUCUUUCAUGUCGACUCGAUUAAACUGAAUACUAUUCCUGCUUGUACAACUAUAUUCUUUUCAUGCUAGUUAGACAGCUUAUAUAUUCUGUAUUUAACUUUGUCACAUUAAGUAACACUAAGCCAUCUUUAUUCUCCAGGCAUGAACCUAGAGAGGUGCAAAGGUUCAGGGAAGAGGCGAGUCUGUGUGACUGACAGUCAGAAAUGGAGCUAUGCCUUCCCUCUUGAAAUCAUCUACCUCACCCCCCUGAAUAGAUGGAAUCCAUACAAACUGGUGUAUAAAGGAAAGUUCAAUUCAGAAUUAGGAAAGACGGUGAAAGAAGGCAAAAGAAAUGGUGGCUACGAUGUUGACACAGCUUUCAAUGGUCUCAACAGCAAGACGUAUUAUAUCACACCAAAGGAAUUCUUUGAGAGUGAUGAGAAAAACAAGGAUGAAGCAGAUACUACCCAGGGAGAAGUUGGCGUACUAACCCCUGAGGGUACAGUUGCCCGAGUAAGAGCUGCCGGUAUACGAGCUUUCUUCCCCAACAUUCCAGGAGUUGGUGUCCUACGUCAGAGGUAGGGAGGCUUAAAUUUGGUAAUACCUUAUUUGUUGUGCAUGAGGGUUAACCAUUAAGCUGCAGAGCUUUCCCAUUGACAAGUAAAACUGUCUGGUGUUAUAGACAAGUAAAAAAAAGUAGGGCGCAUUGCAGCAGAAUGGGUUAACUAGAGACAUUGUCAGGUUUUUUGGUUAACCCAUUAGGCUGCAGAGCUUCCCCAUUGACGAGUAAAAUCGUCUGGUGUUACACAAGUAAAAAAUAUAUAAGUAGGCCGCAUUGCGGCUCAAUGGGGUCGCACAGUGGUUAGUGCAAUAUACGGUCCCAGUUUUGGCCCUGUGUCCCCCUUUUGAUUGCAGUAAAAAAAUUACUCCAAAAUUGUUGACCAUCAGGAAAAUAACACGACUCUAAAACCAGGGGGCAAAGGGUGGAUCAUAUUGGGUCAUGAAUGUAGUUCGACUGGACUUUGCAUUAAUCUAUACUAGCGAGUGAAAAGCAUUGAAAAACAUUGUUUUGAUGAAAGAAAAAAUUUUUGAAAAAAGAAUUAGAGAAAUUAAGAAAAAUUUUUUGAGUAUUUUUUACAAACCAAUGGGGUUGUAGAUUGACAUGUAUAGAAGGAACACAGAUAAAGUUAUAUAUUAUCCAGUAUAAAUAAAGUUUAGUUUUUAGUGUAUUUGCACACAGCACAAAAAAUCUUUACUGUACUCUGACAUUACUGCAGAUAUCCUAUAAUGCCAGUGCAUGAUGAAGGAACAUCAACCUGGAAAGAACUUGAAGCACUGGAGGAUGUAGUCAUGGAAACACACACAUAUGGAAGUCUGUUUCGAGAACCACUCACUCCUGCCUCUGCAACCUUGAUUGCAACUGCCAACCUUGAUAAACCAAUAUCAAUCAAAACUGGGCAGUCUUGGAAUAGAAAGGUCAUCCACCAUACACAUGAUGUACUGGUAUGUUACACCAUUUCUAUCUACAUUUGUAUGUUACCUUGCUUUACCCUCUCCUUACAUUACCUGACCAUAUACCAUACCAUAUACCAUACCAUAUCAUGCCUUACCAAUCACAGGGGGGGGGGGCUACAGCAAAUUUUUCAAACUUUCUGAAAAACAUUUCUUUCAUCAAAACAAUUACUUUCAACUGAUAAAAACAUCUUUGCAAAAAUUUUGCUCAAAUACAAAGUGAACCACAGCAACCAUAGGGCUUCAGUGGCCUUAUGAGGCUUCAGUGGCCUUAUGAGGCUUCAGUGGCCUUAUGAGGCUUCAGUGGCCUUAUGAGGCUUCAGUGGCCUUAUGAGGCUUCAGUGGCCUUAUGAGGCUUCAGUGGCCAAAGUGGUUAGCAUACUUGCCUUUCACUUCUGAGGCCGCAGGUUCAAGCCUCAGUGAGAACUUUCUCAAUGCGACUCGAACCCAGUCCUCAUGUGAAAAGAUUAAAAGUCAACGCUCUGCCGAAAGUCGUGGGUUUUCCCUGGGUACUCCGGUUUCCUCCCACAGGGAAAGUUGACAGGGUGGGUUAGGUAAAAAGGGCCCACAGUAAUUGGCAUAUGCUGUUGUGGUGACCCUGCCCUAGUUGGCAAAGCUAAAUAAAAGAGGGGGGAGGCCAUAGGAUUUUUUUUUUUAAUUCAAAAAGUGCCUCAAACUAUUGCAAACUUUCUGAAAAUUGUCGAAAAACAUUUCUUUCAUCAAGACAAUUAUAUUCGACUGGUAAAAACAUGAUUUGAACCAUGAAUACAUUACAACCACUUUCUUUAUUUAUUUAGCUCUACCCGGAUGAAGUUGAAAAAAUCAAACAAGGUGGUUUUGUCACUAAAGUAUCUUCAGAAAUUCAAGGGCAUGAUCAUGAAAUUGAAGUUGGUUGGCACAAAAAGAACAACGGUUUCUACAUUGCAUCCUGUGAUGGGGACAAGGGAGGCUGGAUAUUGGCAAAGAAAUGCUUUGAUAAACAUGAAGCAAUGAUGACAAUACUGGGAGAUCAAUGA